AUGGUCUACCUAACUGUUAUCACCCGCGAGGUGUCUCCUGCGAUCAAGGAGUGUGAGUUGACACACAUUAACAGGGAGCCGAUUGACUACCACAAGGUUGUGCAGCAACACGACGCCUAUGUGAGUGUCUUUGAGAAGCUCAUAAAGGAGGGGUAUGAUGUGGAACUGAUCCGGCUGCCGGCGCUCGCGGCGUACCCUGACAGCAUGUUCAUGGAGGACGUCGCGAUGUUCUACGACGGCUGCGCCGUCAUCCCACGCGCGGGUGCUGAAAGCCGGCGCGGCGAGGCAGAUCAGGCUCGGCGUUGGGUGGAGUUCCUACGUCCUGGUCACACCUACGCCCUCGAGAAGCCCGCGCACACCGAUGGUGGCGACGUUUUCCCUGUAGGAAAGUACAUUUUUGUCGGGCAGUCGACCCGCACCAAUGAUGAGGCCUUUGCGCAGCUCAAGAAGAUCACGGAUAACUAUGCGUAUGUGGAUGAGAACGGCAAGGGGCACCGCUACGAGUGCGUUCGGCUGCCGGUGAAGGGGCGGCUUCACACUAAAACAGCGGGUUCGUUCCUUACGGACUCUGUGGUGCUUAUGGAUACCAACGCAUGCCCCGCCGAGGCUUUCACGUCGCGUGGCAUCGAAGUGCUUUCUGCACCAGCUUCCGAGGAGGGCGCCAGCAACCCCUUGUCAUUCACUGUACAGUUCCCAGAUGGCUCACAUUUCAAACGCGUGGUGGUGAUCAACGCCGGAUAUCCCAAGACAUCCGAGCUUGUGCGUAACUUCGCGAGCCGUGAGACGCAGGCUGGCCGCCCAACGGAGGUGGUGGAGCUUGAGAUGGAUGAGAUUGCUAAGGCUGAGGGAUCUCUCACCUGCCUUUCCUUACUUUGCUAUCAUAAGAAGAGCGGUAACAUCUCUAAGGGUACUUCCCAGUCGCGUUAA